CGUGGAGGACGGGGAGCGUUAACGACGACUACCGUGACUCGGUGAGACUGAUAAAGCUUGAGAAUAUAUACCGUCAACGCGGCAUACGGGGGUUUCCGCGUGCCACCAGUCACGCCGCCCAGGCGCAGACUUAUGCACACGUAGAGAGGAAUUUCGCGCGGCCCACAUCGAUCAACCGUGCGAAUAAAUAAUUAUCAUCCGGUUAUCGUGUGGUGAGUUCUCCGCGCCGGUCAAAGUGUCAUUCUCUCGGUUGUUGCAGCCCUGAUACAGAAAGAUGGAAACGCACGCGAAAGCGAUCGCCGAACUUCGCGAGAGAUUCUUCAGAAAGUUAGACGACGAGGGACCACCCGAUUCGAGAGGCUUUCACAGCGCCGAUAUAGCCAGGAUAAAGAACAGCGAUGACUGGCUGAAACGAUUUUUGGAGCAUCAUGAAUACAACGAGCAGGAAGCAUUCAAUAUGCUUUGGGAAACUUGUACUUGGAGGAGAAAGUUUGGAACAAAUGAUAUUACCGAAGAUAACGUUAGGAGAGAUUAUUUAGAAGAUGGUUCAAUCUUUGGCUAUAGUAAAGACAAGGAUGGCAAGAAGCUUUUUAUAAUUAAGUCAAAGUUACAUGUUAAAGGAGUAAAAGAUUUUCCGGAACUUCAGAGAUGUAUAGUUUAUUGGUUUGAGAGAUUAGAAAGAGAAGGAAAUGGAAAUCAGAUAUCAAUUUUCUUUGAUAUGGCAGAAGCUGGUCUUUCUAAUACAGAUAUGGAACUUACUAAGUAUCUCAUUGGUUUAUUCAAAUCUUAUUACCCAAAUUUUUUAAAUUACAUCAUAAUUUUUGAAAUGCCCUGGGUUCUAAAUGCGGCCUUUAAAAUAAUAAAAUCAUGGUUACCUGCUAAGGCUGUUCCGAAAAUUAAGUUUGUUAAUAAAACCACGUUGAAGGAUUAUGUCAAUCCAAAUGAUGCAAUGAAAUGUUGGGGAGGUAACAGUGAUUAUACUUUCAAAUUUGUCUCAGAAAUACAAACAAAUGGAGACAGUGCGUUGAAUGGCAAGUUGGAUAAUAAAAAGGUGCAUUUUAUAGAAAAUUCACCACUCACGGAACAAAGCCCCACUAGCUUCGGAGAUCAAAUUAAUGAAGAACAGUUAUUAUCCAUAGAACCAACAGAAACGAUUACAUUUAAUAAAGAUGGAAAUGAUAUUACUGGGAUAAUUACACUCAAGAAUAUUACAACUGAUAAGAAUUUAUCUUACAAGAUAAAAACAACAUCGCCUGAGAAAUUUAGAGUGCGACCAAGUUCAGGAAUAUUACAACCAUCUGAACAAAGAAAUGUUACGGUUUUAUUGCAACCUGGCUAUAAUGUACGCGGCCUGUUACAGAACGAUCGAUUUCUAGUCAUGUGCCUCCCAUUAAAAGAUACAAAUGCUACAUCGCAGGAACUGGCUGUACUCUGGAAGUCUGAAAAAGCAACAGAGAUGCAUAAACUGCGAUGUCACGAUGGUACUAUUGAAAAUAAUGAGAUACAAAAAUCCCAUUCUGUGUUAACUUCUGCAGCAGGAAAUGAUCGUAAUAUAGAUGCAUUUUUUUCUAAGAUAAACCAUUUGGAAAAACAUUAUAGUGACUUACGUAGCGAGAUGAUUAUCAUAAAAUAUAUACUGCUGUUUUCCAUAAUAUUGACAAUUGCAAUGGCUAUAUUGGUAGUUUACAUUUUACAAGCAGAUAUUAAAGACUUAGUGGAUCAACAAACCUGCCAGAUCCCUCGUGGUAUUUGAAGUAUGUUUUAAAAUAUAUAUUUGUAAUAACUUUGAUAUAUUAGGAAAAUAUUAAAUCUUUAAAUUAAAUCUAUGAUCAUGAUUACAAAAGUAAAAGACAUUUUUUAUUACACAUAAUACUUAACAUGUUAAAGUUUUUAUAUGUUUCCUGUUCUUCCAAAAAUGUAUGAAAUAUUUAGUUACAUGUAUUUCUUCAAAUUAAUUUUAUAUCUUGUUAUGUAAUUAUAUAAUUAUAUACAUAUGAUUAUUGUCUAAUAAGUUACCAUGGUGUUUUGUAAAAAAAGCACAAGAUAUGAAUGUGUAUGGUAUAUUGUGAAACCUAUAUUAAAACUACUAUUUUUAUAAGCUUUUAUACUCUAUGAGAAUAUCCCUGACUGUAUUAAAACUUGAAUACAGAUUAACAUAUACACGCAGAUUUUUGUAUAUAUCUGUAAUGAUUUUGCUUUCAAUAUUGUUGUAUUUCAUCAGUGUGGUUUGUACAUGAUUCCAUAAUUAAAUUGUUUUGAAAAUAUA